AUGGCUGAUACAGCUGUUGCGAUUUCAUCACCAUCCUCAUUUCAUGUUCUCAAGAAUUUACCGAAGUUGUCGCUUCCAGCAUUGGCUCCAGUGCAAGUUAACAUUAGGACUGUGUCGUUACAUAGAAAUAUUUCUGGUGACUUUGAUUUUAUUGUGCGGCGUACGCAGAUUCCUGAUAAACAGGGGAAAUUGCAUGCUGUUGCCUUUGUAGAACCUGUGAAGUUUCGGGAUGGUCCACCACGACCAAACGAUAUUCGAUAUGGGUUACUACCAGGUGAUCAAUUGCUACAAAUUAAUGGUACUUCAAUCGAUGUAUUAAGUCGGAACGAUUUAUCAACUCUUAUGGAGCGUUGUGGAUCAACUAUUGAGCUGACGGUAAGAGCUGCACCGGAAUUAGCUGAAUUAUGCGAGCGGAAUGAGUUGGAUCGCUCUGCUAUUGGUGACUCCCUGAUGCUUCCUGCAAAUGCGAAAUAUCAGGCUAAUGCGAACACGCCGGAAGAGGAACGAUGCUGGUUGAUUCAUAAAAAUGGUUUUACUCUCGCGCGUUUAUUGGAAACAUUACCAGACGGGAGGAUGAAAAUAAAAGUGAUGGAUUUGGAAAUGGAUGUUGAUGUAACGGAUGUUGAUAAAGCAAAUCCGUCAUGCUUAGAUCGUGUUAAGGAUCUUAUCAGUUUACGCUAUAUAAAUGAAACGAGUGUGCUCCAUGUACUUCGUCAACGUUAUGGUAGUAAUUUGUUUUACACGUACGUUGGUCCACGGAAUAUCAUAUGUCUGGCAACUGAAGGUCCAAAGACAACAACGACAGUUUCGCUUUUCAAAGGUUGCAGACGUCAGCAGAUUCCACCACACAUAUAUUCUUCUGCACAGCAAGCCUACAGAGCUUUGCAAAUGUCGGGAAGAAACCAGUGCAUUACAUUGUCGGGAACAUCUGGUAGCGGAAAAACAAUGCAACUACGAAAUAUAUGUCGUUAUUUUUGUGAAGUAGCUGGAUGGACCAAGGCGUUGUCAUAUGAUAUAAUAUCGUCGGCUCUAUUUGUUUUGGAAUCAUUCGGUAACUGUAGAACGAAAAGUAAUGGGAAUUCAACUCGAUUUUUAAUGAUGUUCUCGCUUUCAUUUGAUACUGUAGCAUCAUUAAGGAAUGCUUCCAUACAAACAUUUUUAUUGGAAAAAACUCGUGUAAAUCGUUGUGUCACUGACGGAAAGGUAUUUCAUGUAAUACGUUAUUUUUUGCAAGGAGCUGAUUCAGAAUUAGUGGCAGCAUUCAAACAGAAAAACAACGAUUCAUAUGCUGACUGUCAAAAAGAUUGGUUGAAACUGUUGGAUACGUUUACGAAAUUGAGUUUUACGGAAAAAGAGAAAGCUGCAGUCAUAUCUAUCCUUACAGCAAUCCUACAUCUGAUUUAUGCUGAAGCUACACAGAGUGAUGCGCCAAGAUCUCAAUUUAUACACAUGCAGCAUGCUCAGCAAGCUGCUUCAUUAUUGGGGCUAGAAAUAGAGCAGCUUACUUCAGCUGUUUUUCGUAAAAAUCUUUCAGAUACUAUAUCCACUAAUCCUGUUAGCCGAUUUUCGCUAUCAACACGUAAUCAAACUGGACAAGAAGCUUUGAAUCGAUUUACUGCUUGUUUGUAUAACGAACUGUUUGACGCUAUUGUUCGUUUAUUAAAUCGCCGCUUAGGGGAAGGUGGUUCAGUGUCAUCUUCUACUAUUACUAUUGUUGAUUACCCAGGAAGCCAGUUUGGGUCAUUUAGUCCGGAUGCUGUUCAUCCACGUAACCUCAAUGAUUUGUUAUACAAUUAUGUAAAUGAACGAUUUGCGGAGCUCUACUAUGAUGUAUGCUUUAAUGAACCUGUGGAAAUGUACAAAAGGGAGCAAGUUGAGGCUGAUGUUGAGCAAACUCAAAAUUCUCCACACGAAAUUUGUCGAUUAAUUGAUCAAAGACAACAACUAUCAAACUGUGUUGAUAUUGAAUUGCGAAGCACAGAAAAGCGUGGUCUGAUGUGUAUUUUGGAUGAGGAAGCACUGUUUCCGGGAGCAACAGACGAUUCUUUCUUAGAGAGAAUCUUCGUUCAUCUGGCUGAUUCACACUUGAUUCGAAGGGGCACUAAUCCGCUGACAUUUGCAUUACGGCACGGUUUUGAUAGCAGUUCUGUUACAUAUAGUGUUCAAGGCUGGAUAAAAGCUGCGCAGUCUGAUUAUACCGAUUUCUCGCUUACCUCUUUAUUGUGCAAGUCAAAUAACUUAACAGUUAAAACUAUGUUUUCACCGGUUACUAGCCCUGUGGCUGGUAAUACAACAUUGAAAAUGCGGAAAGCAACACAAACAAUCAAGCUUGACGCUGCUGGUGUACGCGUGAUUUCUGGAUUUUUUGCUGAUUUUUGCUUUCAGUUGGAUUGCAUCACAUCAUGUAUCAAAAGAAUCAGUGGUCUUCAUUUUGUACACUGUAUUCGGCCAUUGUCUACAGUUGAUAUGCAUGUGCGACCUGAUGAAUUCCUGAAUAUACAGUAUGUCCGAAAUCAGUUGCGCUACCUCUCCUUAGUGAAUUCAGCUCGUGCUGCAAACCAGGGUUUUCCGGAACAAAUUCCUUAUAAAUAUUUUCGAUGUCGUUUCCAGUGUUUGCUGAAAGAACAGAAUACUUCAAGCGAAUACAUGGAUGAUCGAGCUAUUUCUGGCAAAAUACUGGAGGAAUUAGGUGCAUUUCCGCAUCGGUAUCGAUUGGGCUUAAGCCAGGUUCUUCUACGUAAUGAUUUACUGGACGAAUUGGAAGAACGUCGUGAACUUUGUUUGAGUGGUCUUAUUGAACAUUUCCAACAAGUCUGUCGUAAAUACCUGGCUAUGAAAUGGUUGGCUAAGCGACGUGUACAAGAAAUUGCCAUACGUUGCAUACAACGAAAUGGUCGUGCCUACGCAAAAGUACGUGAAUGGCAUUGGUGGCGUCUUUACAUUCGUGUGUCGCCGCUUCUGGCAGCAACAAGAUGUGAUCGUGAAAAUCGUGAGUGGGAGCAGAAACUAGAUGAAAAAGAGAAUAAAAUCCAGGAAUUACGUAUAUCAAAAAACCGCCUAGAAGCACGUGUUGUGGAAUUGGAACAACUGUUAGUUGUUGAACGUGGGAAUGCACAGUCGAUGAAUGAUGCUCUAGAACGCGAAGUAGAACAUCGUCUUCAAACUGAGAAGCAAGUACUGGUAUUAAAACAGCGUUUUCACGAUUCAAAAGAAGAUUCACCUAUGUCUUCAUCAUGUUCAUCUCAUUUACGUCUCGAUCAGAGUACACACAUAGACGCUAAGAUUGUAGAGUUACAAAAAGAAGUUGCGGCGUUGAAAGAAAGUGAUUCAGUGCAACGUUUAAGAGCUCAGAAAGCAGUGCAGCAAUUGAAAGAUGUUGAAAAUGAAUUGAGAGAUCUCAGAGCAAAGAACGACAUACUGGAAAAGAAGUAUAAAAAUUUUGAUGCGAAUUUAAAAACUGUAAAAGACAAUAGCGAGAAAGAAAGAAAGGAACGGAUUAAAGCUGAACGCGAACGAGAAGAAGCCAUCAGUAAUAGUGAAAGACGAUUUACAGAAUUGCAGAAUUUAAAGGCUGAAAAUGGUGAGUUGCGCCAGAGCGUUGCAAAGCUGCGAAAAGAAUUAGAAGAGCUGAACGAAAUUAAGGAAGGCUCUACAGAAAGUGAAUUUGGUUCACUGCAUAAAACGAAACAUUCCCUGGAGAUGAAGUGUGCUGAACAGGAAGAAGAGCUUAAUGAAUUAACGGAUAGAAUGAAACAGUUGGAGCAAACCGUAACGAGGUUGGAAAUGGCUGCAGAACGAAGUCGAACGGAACGUUUACGUGAUUUGGAAGCUAAGGAUAAUGAAAUCGAUGAACUGAGGUCGCAGUAUCAGAGACGUAUUCGAGCUUUUGAAGAGCAAGUGGCAGAUUUACAAGACACGAAUUCAUCUUUAGUAAAGCAGAAUCGUAUGUUAGAGGGACGUACACGUGAUAUAGAUAAUUAUAGUGUUGGUUUCGAAGCUUCAUCAACUCAUUAUAAACGUGAUUUGAGGAAAGCUUUAGCUUUAUUGAGGGAUACACAACGAGUUUUGGCUCGAGAACGAGAAAAUUCUCUAAGUCAAUCGAUGAUUUGUCAAAUGCAAGAGCAACUGAUGGAUGCUGAAGCUGCAAAAUUAAGUGCGCUUCGAGGACGUCAUUCUCUGGAAAGUGAACUUGCUGAGGUUAGAGUUCAGUUGGAAGCUGCUUUAACAGCAAAAAAUUCCGCAGAAGAUCGGGCAUUGGUACUUUUCAAAGAGAAAAGUAGUGCAUUAGCGCUAGUUGAAGAACAAGAUGAACAGGUGCGAAGUCUGCUUAAAAAAUACAAAGCAGCGGUGCAGCAAAGUGCAGUUGAUUCCAUUAAAAUUGCUGAUCAAUUUGAACAAAUGGCUGAUAUGGAGAAAGAUAAGGAGAAAUUGCGUGAACAAUUGAAUGAUGUUUCAUCAGCUUUAGAAUAUCAUCAACAACAUUCAGUUGAGAAGCAUAAAUUGUUAUUAGCUGAACAAAGAAUACGUGAUUUGGAAGCGAAGUUGGAACUGGAAAUUUCACAAAAACUUAGGCUUGAGGCUUUGAUGGUAAAAGCAAAUGACGAAGUGGAAUCACUGAAAGAUCAAAUUCAGGAACUAAACAGUUUGCGUGAAAAUGAUCUUAAUAUAAACCGUAAAAUACGCAGAGACAUAAUUACUCUCCAAGAGCAAUUAGACGAUCUGCGUAAGAGAGAAAUGGAUCUUGCUCAUAAAUGCAAACAAGCUGCUGUUGAACACGAGAAAAUGGAAAUGGAAAAACAGACCUUGAUGAGGGAUUUACAAUGCGCCGAAAAGCGCAUUGAUGAUUUACGGAAAGCACUAAGCAAAGAUAUAAGUGACAGAGAAGAUGGUUCUGAUGAUGAGGAUUUGUUUUCGAUUCAGAAUGGAUCACUUACAGGCAUGAGUCGUCUCUGA